AUGUGGAUUGCACAACAAGACAGACUUCCCACCCGAUCCCGGCUGCAAUCCUGGCAAUUACAAAUCUCCCCGUUAUGUUGCCUCUGCUCAUCCUCCGUGGAAACGAGGGACCAUCUCCUUCUCUCCUGCUGUUUUAGCUCCGGAAUUUGGUUGUUGGUUCAGCUCAGGUUAUCACUGCCUCCAGUCGUUUUCAGGAACUGGGAAAGUUUGCUCGCAUGGAUCAGAUUAAGCACUGCCUCUUCUCCGUCUCUGCUAAGGAAGAUCGCUGCCCAAGCCACAAUCUAUGUCGUCUGGAAGCAGAGGAACAACAUGUUGCAUAAUCUCCAAGCCGUGCCACCUACAACUAUCUUCAAACAGGUUGACCGCAAAAUCAUCAACACAACAAUUGCCAGGAGACACCGCAACAAUUUUAGGAACCUUUUUAGCCUUUGGGUCAGAUAA